UACAGAUUAGAUAGAUGUUAACAAUAUGCUUUCUUCUUCUCCAUUUUCUCUCCGUUCCUUCUUCUUCUAUUCUCAACUACCUUUCAAAUUCAACCACCCCUAUUUUACCACCAAACCCAUUUUCAACAAUUACAAGUUACUUUCUGGAAAUUUGAGUUUUGCAGCAUUCAGCAACACUGCAUUAAGCUAUGCGCACAGUGAUGAUGAACUUCCUGAGAAGGAAAAGGAAAGGGAUGAUGCAAAUGCCAGUGGAAUUGGCUUCUUGCAUCUCAUGGAACAACGUGGUGUUCGUGCUAAUUCUCAAACUUUUUUGUGGUUAUUAGAAGGUUGUUUAAGUUCUGGAUCGUUUUUGGAUGGUUUGAAGCUUCAUGGGAAGAUUCUGAAGAUGGGUUUUGUUGAUGAAGUGGUUUUGUGUGAACGUAUUAUGGAUUUUUAUCUUGCAUUUGGUGAUUUGAAUGGUGCACUUAAGGUGUUUGAUGAAAUGCCUGUUAGGUCUUUGGCUUGUUGGAAUAAGAUUUUUCAGAGGUUUGUUGUGGACAGGAUGACGAGUGGGAUUCCGACUUUGUUGCGGCGGAUGAUGAAAGAAAACGUCGAGAUUGAUGAGAAAACUCUUGCUGUGGUUUUGAGGGGUUGUAGUGGUAAUGUAGUUCCUUUUCAUUUUGUGGAGCAAAUACAUGCUAUGACUAUAACACAUGGUUUUGAAAGUAGUCCUUUUAUAUGUAAUCCUUUGAUUGAUCUCUACUUUAAAAAUGGUUUACUGAAUUCUGCUAAGAAAGUUUUUGAAAGUUUAAAGGUGAGGGACAGUGUUUCUUGGGUGGCUAUGAUAUCCGGUUUAUCGCAAAAUGGGUAUGAAGAAGAGGCGAUGCUUUUGUUUUCUCAGAUGCACACAUCAGGAAUCUGCCCCACCCCGUAUAUUUUUUCGAGUGUGCUAAGUGCCUGUACAAAAGUAAAAUUUUUUGAGCUCGGGAAACAGCUCCACGGCCUUGUUUUGAAGCAGGGAUUCUCUUUCGAAACAUAUGUUUGCAAUGCCCUUGUAACGUUAUAUUCCCGUUCAGGGAAUUUGAUAUCUGCAUAUCAGGUUUUUAAUGCAAUGUUACAGAGGGAUAGGGUUUCGUAUAACUCACUCAUCUCGGGUCUUGCACAACAAGGAUAUAGUGAUAGAGCUUUAGCGUUGUUUAAGAAAAUGCAUCUUGAUUGCCUAAAGCCUGACUGUGUUACAGUUGCAAGUCUUUUGAGUGCCUGUGCAUCAGCUGGGGCUCUUCCGAUUGGAAAACAAUUCCACUCGUAUGCGAUGAAGGCUGGAAUGAUUUCUGACAUUGUCGUGGAAGGUUCAUUGCUCGAUCUUUAUGUAAAAUGCUCUGAUAUAAAAACCGCCCAUGAUUUUUUCAUUGCAUCUGAAACUGAAAACGUGGUGAUGUGGAAUAUGAUGCUUGUAGCUUAUGGCCAGUUAGAUAAUCUGAACGAAUCAUUUCAAAUAUUUACGCAGAUGCAGAUAGAGGGCAUUGUACCUAAUCAAUUCACAUAUCCAAGUAUUUUGAAAACUUGCACUACUUUGGGAGAUAUUGAUCUAGGAGAACAGAUUCAUACUCAAGUACUGAAAACCGGCUUUCAGUCCAAUGUGUAUGUUUCUAGUGUGCUUAUUGACAUGUAUGCUAAACACGGAAAACUAGAUACUGCCUUGAAAAUAUUUAGAAGACUAAAAGAAAAUGACAUUGUUUCGUGGACAGCUAUGAUUGCUGGGUACACACAGCAUAAUAAGUUCGUUGAAGCUCUUAAUCUCUUUAAAGAAAUGCAAGAUCAAGGGAUACAAGCCGAUAAUAUUGGAUUUGCAAGUGCAAUAAGUGCAUGUGCAGGUAUCCAAGCACUUGAUCAAGGAAGGCAGAUUCAUGCACAGUCAUGUCUAUUUGGUUAUUCAGACGAUCUUUCAAUUGGUAAUGCACUUGUUAGUCUUUAUGCUAGGUGCGGGAAAGUGCGAGAAGCACACUUGGCUUUUGAUCAAAUAUUUAUCAAAGACAAUGUGUCAUGGAACUCAUUGAUAUCUGGUUUCGCACAAAGUGGAUAUUUCGAGGAAGCACUGAAUAUAUUCGCUCAAAUGAAUAAAGCUGGACUAGAAAUUAAUUCCUUCACAUUUGGCUCUGCAGUUUGUGCUGCUGCCAAUGCUACUAAUGUUAGAAUAGGGAAUCAGAUUCGUGCCAUGAUUAAGAAAACUGGCUAUGAUUCAGAAAUUGAGGUUUCUAAUGCUUUGAUCACAUUAUACGCAAAAUGCGGUUGUAUUGAUGAUGCCGAGAGACACUUCUUUGAAAUGCCCGACAAAAAUGAGGUUUCUUGGAAUGCUAUGAUUACUGGUUAUUCCCAACAUGGUUGUGGAUUCGAAGCGCUUAGCCUUUUUGAGGAUAUGAAACAGCUUGAUGUAUUGCCAAACCAUGUCACAUUUGUGGGAGUUUUAUCGGCAUGCAGUCAUGUGGGUUUGGUGGAUGAGGGAAUUAGCUACUUCCGAUCAAUGAGUGAAGUUCAUAACUUGGUGCCAAAACCCGAACAUUAUGCAUGUGUUGUGGAUCUUCUUGGGCGGUCUGGUCUCUUAAGUCGCGCAAGGAGGUUUAUUGAGGAGAUGCCAAUUCAACCAGAUGCAAUGGUGUGGAGGACCCUUUUAAGUGCUUGUAAUGUUCAUAAGAAUAUUGAUAUUGGAGAGUUUGCUGCGAGUCAUCUUCUGGAGCUGGAACCGAAAGAUUCAGCAACAUAUGUUCUUCUUUCAAAUAUGUAUGCAGUGUCUGGGAAAUGGGGAUGUAGGGAUCGGACGAGGCAAAUGAUGAAAGAUCGGGGUGUUAAGAAAGAGCCUGGCCGUAGCUGGAUAGAAGUUAAGAAUUCUGUUCAUGCAUUUUUUGCUGGUGAUCAGAAUCACCCACUUGCUGAUAUGAUAUAUGAAUAUAUCAGCGAUCUGAGUUUUCGAGCAGCUGAAAAUGGUUAUGUACCACAGUGCAACAGCCUUCUCAGUGAUGCAGAAAUACGUCAAAAGCAUCCAACCGAAAUCAUUCACAGUGAGAAACUGGCAAUCGCUUUUGGAUUGCUUAGUUUAUCUAGCUCCACUCCUAUACACGUUUUUAAAAAUCUCCGUGUUUGUGGGGAUUGCCACAACUGGAUUAAGCAUGUCUCUCAGAUAUCAGACCGAGUGAUCAUAGUGAGAGAUUCAUAUCGCUUUCAUCAUUUCAAAGUCGGCAGUUGUUCGUGUAAAGAUUAUUGGUAAGACUGAAUAAC